CGACUUUUGGCAUUAAUCUCGUUGCAGUUACUGCUCUUCUGUCAAUAUUGACAGUAUACCACCCAGAGCUGCCUAGAGAUGCUAGGACACUUCUUGGCACUCAAAGGAGAAUAGCUGUGGAAACAUUAGGUGGGGGUGAAUUGAAUUCAAUCCACCUACCUAGUUGCCUUCAGACAAUUAGAUUGCAAUUUAACAUCGAUGGUUUACCCAUUUUCAAAAGUUCUAAAGUUCAGUUUUGGCCAAUCCUGUCAAUGAUUGAUUGCGAUUACACGAAAAAAACUUUCAUUGUGGGUCUGUUCUGUGGUAAUGCAAAACCGUCUAAUGUGCAUGAUUACCUGAAGACAUUUGUAGAUGACCUCACCCAGUUACUGAAAGAUGGACUGACCUACAGAGGUGAAACUCUGAAGGUGAUGGUGUGUUCUUUUAUAUGUGAUGCUCCAGCACAGGCUUACAUAAAACAGACAAAGUCCCACAAUGGCUACUCUGGGUGCGACAAGUGCCAUCAAGUAGGUGUGUGGCAAAAUAAAAUGACAUACCCUGAGAUGAAUGCCAGGCUUAGGUCUGAUGAAGACUUUGCUUUGAUGUCAGACACAGAUCACCACCUACAUCCUAGUCCCCUUACUGGCAUUGUCCUGAUGGUAACACAGUUUCCAAUCGAUUACAUGCACCUGUGCUGUUUGGGUGUAACUCGAAAACUUAUUCUGUUCUGGAUGAAGGGAAAAAAUCUGGCCACUAGACAGCCAUCUAGAGUGAUCACAGCAAUAUCAUCGAAACUGAUUGCUCGCCGUCCCCAUAUUCCCACUGAAUUUGCCCGAAAACCACGAGAACUUGCAGAAAUAGACAGAUGGAAGGCCACAGAGCUAAGACAGUUCAUGGUCUACAGUGGGCCUGUGGUUCUGAAACACAUUCUCCCAAGAGAGAUAUUUGAAAACUUCUUGUUGUUCUCUGUGGGUGUGUUUUUAUUGCUCAGUCCCAACCUCUCUGCACCCAUGAUUGAUUUUGCCAAUAGAGUACUGACAGCAUUUGUAAAAAACUUUGGAGACUUAUAUGGUGAAGGGGAAAUUGUUUUUACUAUACAUCAGGUGAUACAUCUAACUGAUGUAUACCGACAAUUUGGUGCCCUUGACCGUGUCUCUUCGUUUCCCUAUGAAAAUUUUCUUGGAAAAAUAAAAAAAAUGUUGAGAAAGCCUCAUCAACCAUUACAACAAGUGGUCAAGAGACUGUCAGAGGUGCCUGAUGCCUUGACUCCACCUCCAAGUGCGCAGCCCCUUUUGUUUGACUCACACCAGGAUGGUCCAUUGCCACUGCAAUUCAGCAAUGCCAAACAGUACAGAAAGGCAUUAACAAAAGACUUCUGUCUGUCAACAAAGACUGGGGACAACUAUGGCACAGAUGUGGAAGGUGGUCGAGUUCACGGACAAAGGCGCUGCCGUAGUGCCAUCCAGCUGGCUCGAGGAGGCUGGGGAAAGCUGGAGGUGUUACUGGCCUGGCUCCUAUGA